UAUCCCCGGUGCUAGGCGAGUGCCUAGUAGACAGCGGGCUGCGUGGAGUCGGGUGUGUGGGACACGAUUGCCGUGAGCCCUCGCUUUGAGGAGGGCCCAUGAGUUCCUUGGGUUUGCUGUCUUCUCAUCUGAAGGCAAGACUCUGGGAAAGUCAGCAAGUGCCGGAAAAAGAUGGGUUCGAGCUUGUCUGCCCAAAGGCGCGGAUGGCCGCGAGAUCCAGGGUCGCCGCGCAGCCCCUACCUGAGGGGCUUUUCAUAGUGAAGGUGGAGGAAGACUCCCUCGGAGGUCGGGAGUCCGACCCGCCCGGGGCCUGGCAGGACCCCGAAACUUUUCGACAGCAGUUUAGGCAGUUGCGUUACCAGGAGGUGGAUGGACCCGAAGAGGCGCUGAGUCGGCUCAGGGAACUCUGUCGUCGCUGGCUUAGGCCUGAGAUGCGCUCGAAGGAGCAGAUCCUGGAACUGCUGGUGCUGGAGCAGUUCCUGACCAUCCUACCCCACGAACUCCAGGCCUGGGUGCGGGACCACUGCCCAGAGAGUGGGGAAGAGGCUGCGGCUGUGGCGCGGGCUCUCCAGAGAGCGCUGGGCGGGACCUCACCCCCGGGAUUGGUGACACUCAAGGAUGUGGCCAUGUCUCUACCCUGGGAGGAGUGGGAGCAGCUGGACACAGCUCAAAGGGACUUCUGCAGGGAGAAUGUACAGAAGGAUAAUGGGAGCACAGUCCUGCCUAGUUUGGAAACUAAAGCUGAGAACAAAGAGUUGAUUCCAAAAGAAGAAAUUUUAGAAGAAGCAGAGCCACAGGUGUGGCUACAAGAAGUUUCCCAGGGGAAGGCCUCCCUGUUUUCUAAGUGUUACAAUAUGUGUAAGGACAGAGUAGAAAAGCACCCGAGAGACCCUGUGUCAUUGAAACUCAAAAAUUCUGAAGAACAAGGACUCAGAUCAAGAACUAGCAUCUCAGAUCUCAACAGCAGUGGUUCCACAGAAGAGAGAGUCUCCAAAAAUAAUGAAUUUGGGAAUAGUGCUAAAAGUUCCAGCUUUGUCCUUGGUCAGCACAUCCAGACAUCACUGAGGCCAGUUGAUGGUGAGGAACAAGGGAACAAGUGCAAAGAAAGUUUUGAUCAGGUGAAACAUCACAUAGCGAAACCUCACAACUCUGUUGACAGUGAGACCCAGAGAUGGCUCCAUGAAGAAAGACCUUAUAAAUGUGAUCACUGCGAGAAGAGGUUCAAACAGCGCUCAGACCUCCUGAAACACCAGAGGAUUCACACAGGUGAGAAACCCUAUGAAUGCCAAGAAUGUGAGAAAAGCUUCAGACAGAGUGCUGCCCUGAUUAAACACCAGAGGACACACACAGGCGAGAAGCCAUAUACAUGCUUGAAGUGCGGGGAACACUUCAGACAGAGCUCGCAUCUCAAUCGGCAUCAGAGAACCCAUGCUGGAGAGAAGUUCUGUAAAUGUGAGGAAUGUGGGGAGACCUGCCAUGUUUCUAACCUUUUUAGACAUCAGAGACUACAUAAAGGGGAGAGACCCUAUAAAUGUGAAGAGUGUGAGAAGAGCUUCAAACAGCGCUCAGACCUCUUUAAACAUCAGAGAAUCCACACUGGGGAGAAACCUUAUGGAUGUUCUGUCUGUGGGAAAAGCUUCAGUCAGAGUGCAACCCUCAUUAAACACCAGAGAACUCAUACUGGAGAAAAACCUUAUAAAUGUGUUGAAUGUGGGGAAAGCUUUAGACAAAGUACACACCUUGUCCGACACCAAAGGAUCCAUCAAGGUAAAGUCCCAUCACUUUGAAAUGUUUUGCUCACUUGGAUUUAUUUUCGUGUCCAGAAACUAUAUUCUUUGGCAUUUGGAGCAUUCAGUCAUUCAUGAAUCCUGUUUCUGCAGGCAUCCCACACAGGGUACAUUCAGUCCAGCUUGAGUCUCAAGAAAUACUUAUGAUGGAGAACUUCUGUGAAGGAGGAAUGAAUAUAAACCCUCCAAAAGAUUUGUACUUUUUGACAAAAUCUUUCCCGUUUCAAUUACUUCUCUACUUCCCUAAGAAUUUGGGCCCUUGGAAUUGUCUUGCUCUUUAGAUAGUGAAAGAAUUUCAACUACUUCAUAAUUCUAAAAAUACUUGGUAAAUUUCAACACAUACAUGAGAUACUAGUUUUUACAUUUUAAGAUUGUGUAUAGCCCUCUUUCUUUCCCAUUCUAGGAGUCUUGAUUUCUUUUAAAACAAGAAAAAAAAUCAUUACAAACACACACACUUCUGGCACAGUAUCCUUUUAACAGUUUAUUGAAUAGGGUUCAUUAUUUGAUAAUUUUUGGUUUCUGAAAAAGGUUAUCAGUAAACCAUCACUGAACUGUACAUGUAUGGGCUCUUGUAAUACCAAAAAGCCUAAAGCAUUUUUCCUGAGGAGGCUUCUUAUAGUGUGGAAUAUAAAGAAGUGCUCCUGUGGUUUUCCUUGGGGUCUUCAAAAAGAGAGGGCCCUGAGGACAGAGCUGCUUAUUUUGUUAACAGCAGUAUUCAUUGGCAUUAUGUAAUACUCUGCAUUUCUCCAUCAAUUUCCAAGCACCCCUCCAAGGAAUUAAGAACUUACCUUGGGCUGGGGCUGUACCUCACUGGUAGAGCAUUUGCCUAGCAUGUGUGAGGCACUGGCUUCAG